GGGAAGAGAUGAGUAUCUGAGCUAGAGGGGAAGGGAGUGGAGAUGAUCAGGGGUUACUGCUUGCAGCCUGCUGUAGAACUUUAAUUCCAUCACAUGGGACUUGGUGUACGAGAUAUGGUUCCCACCUCUUCCUGUGGCUAUUGUUUGUGUUGUUAAACCAUAAGUGCAGAAAGAUGGUUUGGAUGGAGUGUUGCAAACUUCCCAACUGAGAGUAAACUUGGAUCUUGAAAGUGCAGCUGCGGUGGUUGAAGAGAGAAAUGAAAUUCCUCACACUGGUGUCACCAAUACACUUCUGAUUCAUCUGAAAUCAACGACCCCACACCGGCUGGCCACCAUGAAUGCCUCAGCCAACAACACCCCAUUCUGCUACUCCAUCAACAGCCCUCCAUUCAAGUACCUCCCCACCAUCGCCUCUGCCUACUUCUCCUCCAUCUUCACCGCUCUGGGUCUCACCUCCAAUUUGAUCGCCUUUGUAGCUCUCCUCAAGUCCUUCCGGCGGGCACAUAGCCGCUCACGCUCCUUCUUCCUGGUCUUCCUGGGUGGCCUGGUGGUCACUGAUUUCAUGGGUCUCCUGGUCACAGGCUCCAUUGUAAUCUCUUUCCAUGUUACACACUUUAAUUGGAGGCACUUAGAUCCAAACUGCCACUUCUGCAACUUCAUGGGUAUGUCAAUGGUUUUCUACGGACUAUGCCCACUGCUGCUUGGUGCCACCAUGGCGGUGGAGCGCUUUAUUGGCAUCAACUGCCCAUUUGCACGCUCCACCAGCAUGCCCAAGUGCCGGACAGUCACCAUGGUGCUCAUGGUGUGGUUGAUCGCUGGUUGUAUAGCUUUGCUGCCCCUAACAGGUGUUGGGAGCUACCACAUGCAGAUGCCUGGCUCCUGGUGUUUUUUCAACAUCAGCUCUGAGGGAUAUAACAUGGUUUUCUCCCUCCUCUUCUCUCUGGUCGGGUUGAUGUGCAUCGCUGUGUCAUUUUUGCUGAACACGGUGAGUGUCGUGACCCUGAUCAAGGUGUGCUGCGGAAAGGGUGGGACCCAGCGUCGCCGAGACCACGAGGUAGAGAUGAUGGUUCAGCUUAUCCUCAUCAUGGUCAUCGCUUCAAUCUGCUGGUGCCCCCUCCUGGUCUUUAUUGCGCAAACGGUGCUGUCCGGAGGUCCCCUCCAGAUCAGAUACCUGCUGCUAUGGGUACGCUUCGCCACCUGGAACCAGAUCCUCGAUCCCUGGGUAUACAUCCUGUUUCGAAGGGCAGUUCUCAAGAGAAUCUACCCCCGCUUCGACUGGUCUCAGAGCUCCAUCAUGACCACGUACCCGUCUUUAGGCGAAACCAUCCGAAGGUUCACACGCUCUUCAAUCGGGAGCGCCCUGAGCCAAGAAGAAACAGGAGAGACAGAGAAAUCAAACGUAACAACUCAAUCUACACUGAAGCCACCACCUCUUUCUCCGUGAUUGCUUGGAUUUGAUAUGUUGCAUCAGACUGAGUGUUGCAGUAUGUGUUUGACUGUUUCCAAGCUCUGAUGAGUUUUGUGUUAACUGUGACCAGGAUAAGAAGGAGGAUUGCACUGGUAAUCGGGAAGGAUUGAAUUUUGUUAUUUUAUUGCAUACCACUGAAAUGUUUAACAGUAUUAACAAUAACACAUAAAUUUAGGCAUGUGAAAGAGAGAACAGGGUCUGGUUGGACACUUAUGGAUCACACCUGCAGCCACUCUACAGUGCACUGCAGUCAGCUAAAACAGAUUUCAAGCUAUCUACAUACAUUGCUCUGUCUACAUGUACUGCUCCAUCAAGUGCUUUCAUGACAUUUGAGUUUUAACAGCUUUUCACAAUGGAUAAGCACACUUAUGGUCAUUCAGGUGAUAGUUUUGAUAUGACACUUCAUUCUGGCAGGACAUUAUGCUUUUAAGCUCAUUUACACUUUGCUCAGGUGCUCACGAGUGUCAUAUUAGACACACAAAGAAUUAUAUAACUGUUUUUUAAGGCUCACGAUAAGUACUGUUCUUUUGUUGUUCCCUUUCUGAAAGUACCUUUGAAAAUAUUUAAAGAUCUUACCUGUUGAAGAUACAGUAACUGUGCAACAGUGGCAUCUAACACUCAUCCUAUUGUCCAAAUUGUAGAGAUGCUUAAAGGUGAAGAUGCUUUGACUAAAAUAGAAUAUAGCUUAGACUGCCCGAGACGUCCUUUAUAAUCUCCACUCCAAGAGUUUAUACAAUACCUGACAAUGCAUGGAGUUUGUCACUGUUUUGAUGAUGCAUGCUACCUAAACCAAACUUUCAAGACCUUGAAAUGAUCAGUCAUUAACUUUUUCAGAAUCCCUGGAAUGGACCCUCGGGUUCAGUCCUCAUGCAUGUCAUUAAUGGGCACAUGUUUGGCUGAGGAAUAAAACAAAAAGGAAAAGGAAGUGGAUGCCAAUGAGAAUGUCACUGUUUUAGCAAAUUAAAUUGUGAUUAUUUACGCAGACCCAGAAAAUACAACGUUUAUGUGUCAGUGGUAGAACAGUCUUUUCCACUACCAGCUUAAGAAAAAUGUAGCAGUAUUAAUUUGAGAUGUAUUACACAGCAUGAAAGGUCAUUGCAUAAGUAGCUUGAGUGCCCUGAUAAAUAAAAAAAACAAUGCCUGACAUUAGCUAUUUAGUGUUACUGAUAUAAAGAUCUGAGAACAUGUAACUGUAAUUGUAAAAUGAAGAUUUAAGAUUAGCAUCCGUGACAGUGUUAUGUAUAUAUAAUAGAUAAGUAAUUUUACCACUUUUCUGGUUCCUCACUGUGUCACUGGUGUGGUUAUUAAUAUCCGACUCUCCCAUCUCAAACCAUCAGAUCAACCAUAUCCAAAAACAUACAUUUUCUCACAUACCACUAUUGUUGCUUGCAAAGUGAUUUUGCAAAUAGCACAUGUUCCUGGAUCAACAUCCCAUGUUGAGUCCCUGGACCAACAUUGUGACCAACCAAUAUUAUCCUUAAUUUUUGUUAGUUAACAAUAAUUCAAGCCUAUUGGCAAGCUUAUUCGUUAGCAUAGCCUACCUACUUAGCAAGCUAAUUGCUAAAAUAGUAGCCUAUUGGCAAGUUUACUUGUUAGCAUAGCCUGCCUCGUUAGCAAGCUAAUUGCUAAAAUUGUAGCCUAUUGGCAAGUUUACUCGUUAGCAUAGCCUGCCUGGUUAGCAAGCUAACUGCUAAAAUUGUAGCCUAUUGGUAAGUUUACUCGUUAGCAUAGCCUGCCUCAUUAGCAAGCUUACUUGCUGAUCCUGCAGUGGCUUGUAAGGAUUUUGUUCAGUGUUACUGAGCCUUUUGUUCAACUGUACCAACUUCAAUUUUGAAAACUUAGCUCAGAAGAAAGGAAUUUUGAAAACAAAAAGAUAAAGCACAGGUGCAGCAAUGUUGAUCCAGGAGCAUGUCCUACUUGGCAAAAUCACUUUGUGCAUCAGUAUUUAGCCAUGAAGGUAGCUGUAUGUUGUAAUUGCCAAGAUUUUGAGAUAUUCACCUCUGACUCUGAUUUCUGCAUUGAAGGUGAAAGGAAGUUAAUUUGUGCUGCUCAGACUGAUGGAAAAUUACAUUUAAAACUUUGAACAACAUUUCUAUAAGUGAGGAAAAAGGUGCAGAAGGUCAUUGUAAGUAAGGGGGAAAUUGGGUGAACUGACCAUUUAAAAAACAGGUUUACUCAGUUGUCUUACUUGACUUUUGACUUCAAGGUGUGUAGCCUACUAUAACAGUGCAAGGAUUCAUUGGGGGAUGAUUUAGUUGUUGAAUAAUUCAGUUCAGCCUGAUCAUUUUAGCAGUGUAAUGACAAACAUUGUGAUGUAGCUAUUGUAAUAUACAUUUGCAUUAUGAUAUUAUAAUGAGAUUAUAAUUUAUUGUAAAAAAACAAAACAAAAAAAAAACAAAAAACAAAACCUGAAACAGUCAUCUUUUGCUCUUCUUGAUCACUCAGUCACCCAACUAUUCAUAUUUAUCUGUUUUCAACAUUGUAAUAUCAGUCAUACCGGUCAAAAUAUCACUCAGUUAAGCAAAUCACUGGCAUGGUCAUUGAUAAUAGAUGUGUUUUUCUUUAACUCCUGAGCAGCAGCAUCCUGUAAAAUGAAGUGUAAAUGUUGAAUGUGCUUUACAGAAAUGGCAUGUGAUUGUACAUAUAAAUAAAGAAUUUGCA